ACCCUGAUUGGUCGGCCGACAAGGAAGUACCGGGCACCUGUACAGGUAUUACGUAGUUCUGUGUAGGACAAAUAGGAGCCCUCUGCGCGGGCAGACUCUCGGCCUCUUGCUUCCUGCCCACACGCUUGGAGCCUUGGUGACAGCGACGCAUGCGUAAUGGGAGGGAGUAACAGUGUCACAAAGGAGUCGACACUGCCAAAGACAUUCAUGGGAGCAUGGAAAGACGUUGGUUGCAUAGCAGUAUUUCCGGCCGUAGGAGACCUGGUAGACAACGUGCAUGCUUUGAGGAAGGCUACGGAAGACAUCAUCGGUGACAAUAUAACAAAAUUUGUCAUUGAAGUGGACAGACCUCAGCUAUUUACCAUUGCAAUAUGUCACUACAAAAACAAGUUCUUAAAGCCGGAGCAAGUCCACGAAUCUCCAUGGAUCCUUUUCAAGAACGAGGAUCCUUACGAUGGAAACGCCCUGAGGAGGGAAUUUUAUUCCAUGUUCUUCCAUAGCUGCCUAUUCGAGGAGAGACUCUGGGUAGGGGUCGGGAGGCGUCUAGUGCCUUCAAACGAAAUCAACAAGACAAGUGAGAAACAGUUGUCUGCCCUUGGUGUUGCCAUAGUAGAAGCUAUUGUAAAUGGCGACUGUGGAUUUCCGUACCUGAAUGAAGCUCUGUACCACUUCAUUAUUGGGGAUAACGAGUAUGAAAAAUACCUCAGAAUGGAAGAUAUUCCAGAUCCGGAUAUCCUUCAUUUUACUCAGCAGUUAAUGGCGGCUAGAACGGAUGAUGACGUCACAAACGUUGUUAGUUCAGAGGCAGGCGUUUGUAUCAGCGGUAUAGGCUGGCCAGAGGGCCGACCAGUCCAGAUGAAGAACCGAGAUGAUUUAGUUCAUCACUUGGCUAAGUGGAGUGUGAUAGAAAAACGUCGCACAGCUAUAGACCAAUUAAAAGAGGGACUCAAUUACAAGAAGUUUUUGGACUCCCUCAAGACCAACAAACUGCUCAAAUGUUUGCUGGUGUUCUCAGGCGAGUACUGUGUGACGGCCAACUACCUAAGGGCGAUGCUAUCCGACUCCCUAGCUAGACUAAGAGUCAACAAUAAGAAGGAAGGCGAGGCCAAGAACUACUUUGAGAUAUUGUUGGGAGAAAUCACGGAUGAGGAUGCCGGGUACCUGUUUUUCUUCAUGACUGGUGUCCUAGACCCCCCUCUCAGGCAAAUGGAUCUGGCGGUGACCUUUAACCUAAAUUCAGAAAGGACUUUACCGGAGGCCACAGCGUGUAAUGCUACUCUCAUCUUGCCACAAGGAAACAGUGACUAUCAAGCUUUUAAGAAGAGUUUUAUUACUGCAAUACAAUUUGCACGUGUGGGAUUCGGAAACGUCUCCAAUUAAGUAUAUGACAUUUAACAAUCGCGGAUUUUUUUAAGAUGUGUUUGUUCGAGACUUUAUUUAUAAAUUUCAAUAUAUCUUGUAACAGCAGAACCAUAUUGGGAUAUGAAAAUAUUCUCGUUACACAACCAAUAAGUGUUUUUAUGUGACGUUUCGAAUGACUAGGACGGUAUUCUACUACGCUGUAAGCGUAGUACAAUUAGUUGUUACAUAUGUAUCGAAAUGACUCGAUUCAGCUACGCUUUGUUUAAUAAUUGGUAAUGGGUGUGCCAAAGUAUAUGAUCUCCCUCAUCUCGAUUUAGAACUGGCCCACUGCUGUGUAUCCAAAUGGCUUCCUUUAUCUAUCGCUAGAAUAGCUUGCUCUCUCUCUGUCCAAUACUUUAGAGUUAUCCCAGACGAUUUUUCUGUAUGCCAAUUCUUUCUGAUCGGGUGAAUUUUUUUCCUUCUUGGGUUUCCGUAUCUUUCCGGUGUUCACCAAGGCGGACCCCAAAUCGCCUUCCAGAAUCUCCAAUAUACGAUGCGUCGCAGUUUUUGUAUCCGAUUUUGUAUACGCAUUCUGCGACGUUUUCUUUAUGUGUUUUAUCCCUAGAGUGUACUACGAUUUACGAAGCGUGAUGUGGGGCUUCAUAGCUGUUGCUAUGUCAUGACCGCGAUAUAUCCUCUGGAUGGUUUCGGAUAUACCCUUUAUAUACGGGCUGACCACUUGACCUUUGGUUUUGUUCUU